AAGUGACAAAUGUGAAAUAGUCAAUUGCCUAUUUUUUCUUACUCCUCUCUUCCAAGAAACUUCCCUUUCACAGAAUUCAACUGUCUGGUGAUCAUCUAGAAUCAUUCUUCUCUGACAGACCAGUUUCUGAUACAUAUAGAUAAUACACAACAUUAGAUCUCUAUCUUCCAAUUCAACAUGGGAUUCAUUUCUGCUUUCUCCCUUUUCUUUCUUUCUAUAUUUCUUGCUUUCUGCUGCUUGUUGAUUCAUGCCCAGCAGCCUUAUGUGGCAAAAGCUACUACAAAUUGUACAAACACAGCCGAUUCUGCUCUUGGAUACUCCUGCAAUGGCCUAAACACUAGCUGCCAAACUUACCUCACCUUCAGAUCCCAACCUCCUUAUACCAAUGUUACUUCCAUCUCUACCCUUUUAAACUCUGACCCAUCUCAGCUUUCUGCAAUAAACUCAGUUUCUGAGACUGCAACAUUUGAUACAAACAAGUUGGUCAUAGUUCCUGUCAACUGCUCAUGCUCCGGUGACUAUUAUCAGGCUAAUACAUCUUAUGUUGUUCAGGCGAAAGAUGCACCUUUCUUCAUUGCUAAUAACACUUUUCAAGGUCUUUCUACCUGUCAAGCUAUCAAUGACCAAAACAGAAGGCAAACCGUUGAUAUAUUUCCUAACGAAAUACUCCACAUUCCUUUGAGAUGUGCUUGCCCUACGAAGAACCAAACUGAUGCAGGCAUCAAGUAUCUGUUAAGUUAUUUGGUCACUUGGGGAGAUACAGUUUCAGCCGUUAGUGUAAAGUUUGGUGGAAAUACUGGCAGGAGCCUUGAAGCGAAUGGGCUAAGUGAGCAAACCCCUACCAUUUAUCCCUUCACUACACUCCUGAUACCUCUAGAGAACCCACCAACAAGUAAUCAAACAAUAUCACCACCUCCACCUCCAGCUUCAUCGCCACCUCCACCGCCAUCUACUGAUACACCCAACAACGGCAGCUCAAGUAAGAAAUGGGUUUAUGUUCUUGUUGGUGUUCUUGCAGGAAUUGUCUUUACAUUGGGCCUUGUUACCAUUAUUUUCUAUGCACUCUUUCGUAGAAGUAAGAGGAAACCCGAGCCAAUUAUUGUCUCUGAGAGCUUUGAGGCACAAGAGAAAUCACUCAACAAGAAGUUGGAUGAAGAAUCUCAGGACUUCCUGGAUAGCAUAUCUAGUAUAGCUCAAUCCAUUAAAGUGUACAAGUUCAAGGAGCUAGAAGCUGCAACCGAUAAUUUCAGCCCCAGUUGUUGGAUUAAAGGAUCUGUUUAUCGCGGUUAUAUUAGUGGUGAUUAUGCUGCCAUUAAGAAAGUGAAUGGAGAUGUGUCGAAGGAAAUAGAAUUAUUAAAUAAGGUCAAUCAUUUCAAUCUCAUUCGUUUGUCUGGUGUUUGUUUUAGCGGCGGGCAUUGGUAUCUGGUCUAUGAGUAUGCUGCCAAUGGAGCCUUGAGUGAUUGGAUUUAUUACAGCAACAAUGAAGGAAAUUUCUUAAGUUGGACUCAGAGAGUACAGAUUGCAUUGGAUGUAGCCACAGGGCUUAACUAUCUACAUAGUUUUACUAGUCCUCCUCAUAUUCACAAGGAUAUAAAAAGCAGUAAUGUUCUUAUUGAUAGUGAUUUCAGGGCUAAGAUUGCAAAUCUUGCCAUGGCAAGAUCAACAGAAGGACAAGAUGGUGAAUUUGCUUUGACAAGGCACAUUGUUGGUACAAAAGGUUACAUGGCUCCUGAGUACUUGGAAAAUGGUUUGGUUUCCACAAAGCUAGAUGUCUAUGCAUUUGGAAUUCUCAUGUUGGAGAUGGUUACCGGAAAAGAGGUUGCUGCUUUAUACACAGAAGAAAAUUUGAACUUAUCAGACAUAUUGAAUGAUGUUCUUUCUAAGGAAGAUGGACAGCAGAGUCUGAAACAAUUUGUUGAUCCUUCUAUGGAAGAGAAUUUUCCUUCAGAAAUUUCACUUUUUAUGAUGGUCAGAAUGAUUGAUAGUUGCUUAAAUAAAAAUCCAGCUGAUCGUCCUGCCAUGGAUGAGAUUUCUCAGUCUCUUUCAAGAAUAUUGACUGAUUCACUGAGCUGGGAAUCAUCAAAUGCCUCAGGAUACCAGAGAUUCAGCAGGAACUUUUAACAGCAAGGUACCUGAUGUGAAUUUCUGUUUACUUAUUAAUGGAAGUUUUUCUGUUUUCUUUUUCUAGAGUUUUCUGUUUUAAAUGCUUUAUUUUGUUUCUCCUACUAGUUAGGUAAUGUCCAAUACUGUAUUGUAAUAGCUUUGUUGUAUCUUCGAAAUUUAGUGAUAGUUGAAAACUUCAGAGUAAA